CUUAGUGAUUGCCUGGUCAAAAGAACAGGAUUAGCAGAGAGUAUUAUAAAAGUCUAGGAUUACAAGCUCAGUAAGAGAAGGCUUCAAUGGAUCUAGUUGUGGUCCUGGUGCUCAGUCUGUCCUUUUUGCUUCUCCUUUCACUCUGGAAGCAGAGCCAUGGGAGAAGGAGGCUCCCUCCUGGACCCACUCCUUUCCCAAUUCUUGGAAAUAUCCUUCAGUUGGAUGUUAAAGACAUCAGCACAUCGUUAACCAAUCUUUCAAAAGUCUAUGGCCCUGUGUUCACUGUAUAUUUGGGUAUGGAGCCCACUGUGGUGAUGCAUGGGUAUGAAGCAGUAAAGGAAGCCUUGGUUGACCUUGGAGAGGAGUUUUCUGGAAGAACCAAUUUCCCUGUGACUGCAAAACUUAAUCAAGCAUCUGGAGUCAUUUUCAGCAAUGGAAAGAGAUGGAAAGAAAUGCGGCGCUUCUCGCUCAUGACCUUGAGGAAUUUUGGGAUGGGGAAGAGGAGCAUUGAGGAACGAGUUCAAGAGGAAGCCCGCUGCCUUGUGGAGGAGCUGAGAAAAACCAGUGCCUCACCCUGUGACCCUACCUUUAUCCUGGCCUGUGCUCCUUCCAAUGUGAUCUGCUCCGUGAUUUUCCAGAACCGAUUUGACUAUAGAGAUCCAAAGUUCCUGAACUUGAUGGGGAAAUUCAAUGAAAACUUCAAGAUUCUGAAUUCCCCAUGGUUGCAGUUCUGCAAUAUUUUUCCUAUUCUCAUGGAUUAUCUCCCAGGGAGUCAUAACAAAGUCAUUAAAAACUUUGCUGAAAUAAGAGGUUAUAUUUUGGAGAAAAUAAAAGAACACCAGGAGUCCUUGGACAUAAAUAAUCCUCGGGAUUUCAUUGACUGCUUCCUUAUCAAAAUGGAACAGGAAAAUAACAAUGAGCAGUCUGAAUUCACAACUGAAAGCUUGAUCGGCACUAUAACUGAUUUGUUUGUGGCUGGGACAGAGACAACAAGCACCACUCUGAGAUACGGGCUCCUCCUCUUGCUGAAGCACCCAGAGGUCACAGCUAAAGUGCAGGAGGAGAUCGAGCGUGUGAUUGGCCGACACCGGAGCCCCUGCAUGCAGGACAGGAGCCGCAUGCCCUACACGGAUGCCACGGUGCACGAGAUCCAGAGAUACAUUGACCUCAUCCCCAACAACGUGCCCCGUGCAACAACCUGUAACAUUAAAUUCAGAAACUACCUCAUCCCUAAGGCAAGAUCCAUCAUAGCAUCACUGACUUCUGUGCUGUACGAUGACAAAGAGUUCUCCAACCCUCAGACGUUUGACCCUGGCCACUUCCUGGAUGACAGAGGCAAUUUUAAGAAAAGUGACUACUUCAUGCCUUUCUCAGCAGGAAAACGCAUGUGUGUGGGAGAGGGCCUGGCCCGCAUGGAGCUGUUUUUAUUCCUGACCGCCAUUUUACAGAAAUUUACCCUGAAAUCGUUGGUUGACCCAAGGGACGUUGACAUAACCCCAGUUUUCAAAGGGUUUGGCCAUGUGCCACCCUUGUACCAGCUCAGUUUCAUUCCUGUCUGAAGAAGGGCAGGUCCUGUUGUCAUUUGCAACUCCCUUCUCCCAGGCACCAUCUGACUGCUUCCCCUAUCCUGGGUGCCUUGUCUUUGAUCUGUCCUCUGACAUUUUCUCCUUUCUCAUUAUCUACCCUCCAUUAGAGAGAGUUUUUUAGCUCUCUUCACAAAUAUGUAUCUACUAUUCCUUUCAGUCUAUAACUCUUAUAUUGACUACCACAUAGGAUAAUACUCAUCUAAUGCUGUGUUAUUAAUAUGCUAUCACUGUAAAAUUGAGCAAGAUGAUUUGCACUUGAUAAUUCAGAACUAUUUCCCCUCUGUAUGUUCUAGAUAGAUACAUUAUUGAUUUUUGGAUGAGUUCUCAGAUUUUCCUUCUUUUGUACAUAAUGUGACUAAGGAGUGAAAGAAAAUAGGGCCUCAGGAAUUGAGGCUGGUCCUCAUAAUGAUAAGUAUCAACAGGCUCCAUAAACAUGUGUAAUUAUUUGUCAAUUAAGUAUAAAAUAAAAUUUUUAAAAAGUAUAUGUUAUUUCUUACAUAUGGCCAAAUAAUUCCACCCUGGCCACAUACUCAAAAGAAAUAAAUGCAAGGUAUCUAAGAGGUACUUAUAUACUCGUUCAUAGAAGCAUUAUUCACAAUAACCAAAAGGUGGAAGAACAUCAUGGGUCCAUUGAGGAAAUAAUGGAAGGUCUUCCUGGCUUCUAUAUGUGUGAGAAUGGGGAAUUACUGUUUAAUGAUACAAAGUUACAUUUUCAGGAUGAAAAAAGAGUUCUGAAGAUGGUGGUGGUGAUUGCAUAAUAAUGUGAAUGUACUUAAUGCAACCAAACUGUGUCCUAAAGUAAUUUAAAUGGUAAAUUUUAUGUUAUGUCCUUCUUACCACAUUUAAAUUGCUAUUUACAUUUGUCCAAAUAUGUAGAGGUACAAUAGAAUGUAUUAAAUGAUGUUCCCUUAACAAAGUUAUCAUGAAAACUACAACUCAGUCAAGAUGCAAAAGAGCACAAGUGAAGAGAAUUGUAAGACAUACACUGGCUGAAAAGCUGUGCACCCAGAGUCAUUACUGCUUCUAGCUCCUUUGCACAGGUAUUUGCCUGAUUGGAUGACUCUCCAGUGACCCUUAGGAACUGCACUCCUUUCUCCCUCCACCAGAAACCCUUUGUUUAAGCUAUACAAACUUCAUGAAUUUCAUAAAUAGAAUUUUAGGAACAUAGUGAUUUUUUUGUGCCCUAUCCACCUUCCCACCCAUACUCCCACCCUUCCUCCUCCUCCUCUCUCUCCAUUCUCAUUCAUAUUUUUUACUAAGAUCUAUUUUAAUUAACUUUAUACACAUAAGAUUAACUCUAUACCUAAGUAAAGAGUUCAAAUAGCAUGAAAAAAAAAUCUGUGAACUGUACUCUUACAUGUAAUUUCUCCAGACUGAAGCUGUGUUAUCUGUGAGAAGGUGAAACUGGUAAAGCUACCUCACCAGGGACAAGAUGAUUAGCUUCCUUAUUGCACCAUUGAACAUACAUGAAAGGGGCCCCACUUUCUCUCCAGCCCCACGUUACCUACUUUAGAAUGAGUCCUUGAGAGCAGCAUUGGGCAGAUAUCUUAUACUGCUUUCAAUCCCCUGCUCUCUGUGGCUGCAAAUCCUUCAAACAUUGAGGCAUGGGGAGACCAGUGGCACCACACCUGGGUGUGAGGGUAUCACAAAGAUCUUUCAUCCUCAGGACUUGUCCCUGGGAAACUGUGCCUUCCAGAGACUGGUUCUAAGAGGAAUAGGAACUCAGGUUCAGAUUUAGGGGAGAGGAGGUGCCUCUUUUUGUUAUUUUCACUUUUAAGACAAGCCCUAGUGGGCCUUGAACACACAUAGGUUUGGUGAAGUUGGAGGACACCCUGGAAGACCAGGGUAGAGUCUGACGUGAGGGGUGAGGUACCCUCCUGUCUCAGGAGAAGCAAUAUCUUAUGCACAAAUGCUUUUUAUCCAGUGUAUUAAGACCAUCAACUAUCUGAGGAUUCCUAUAUGGAAGCUGGAGUUUAAUCACAGUUGGGCAACUCUAUGACCAUAUUUACAACUACCUCUCUGCAUAUUUGAGGUUUUAUUCAUCCUUGCAAGCUCUCUACUGGCAUUCUUAGGUUUUGAGUUCCAGGGGGUUAGAAACUGCAUGUGAGAAGAGGAAAUGGCUCCUUUCAACAUUUCUCCAGUCCUUAAUUCUUUUUAUUAUUGAUCAAAUAGAUAUAUGCCUAAAAUUUGUCAUCUCUUACAGUAAGUAAUUAUUCACCUUGACAGAUAUGUAUUUAGACUGAUCUCACUGAUAAUUGUUAAAAAUAUCAACAAGAAUAUAUUUCAGGAUUAUAGAUGAUCAAUAAGUGAAAUCAAUGAUAAAUAUGAAAUAAUAAAUUUGAUAGAGUAGCUAGGAAUAAGUUCUUUCUAGUAGGCACACUAUCCAUGAAGCAGUAUGGUAUCAUUUGAAAGUGGACUUGGGUUUAUUUAUUUUAUUUUAAUUUUUACAUUCUUGACAUAACUUAUUUUUUAGAACCACAUUUUUAUUGACAUGUAAUAUUUGUACAUAUUUUCAGGAUACAGUUUGGUAAAUUUUUGUUACAUUUAUUUGUUUAUGAAUAUAUUAGAGAACAGAUUCCAUGAAUUUCACAGAUGUGAUUCCACGAAUAUGCUUUCCUCCUUUCGCCCCCGCUCCUUCCCUCUCUCUUCCUUCUUCUCUUUCUUUUUUUUCUUUUAAUUUUUUGUGAUAACACACUUUCCAUUUAUUUUAUAAUCACAGGCUCAAUGCUCCUCUAAACAAAGAGCUCUGCAAGUAAAAGGUGGUAGACCAUUGUUCCACAGGAGUAUAAACAAGGGUUAUAGAUAACAAUCACAUCACAAGAUGUCAGCUUAGCUUUAUAUAUAUUGUUUUUUUGUUUGUUUAUUGUAAAUACGUAUUGCAAACUUUGUGGAGGAUAUUACAAAAGCAAAUAAAUAAUAAGCAAUAUGUUCAGGAAGAAGAGACAAUGGAAUCAUAAGACAUGCUCUGUUCAAACUAUCAAAGGUGGGGGCUGGAGCUGUGGUGUAGUGGCUAAAGUUGCUGCCUGCAGUGCCAGCAUCCCAUAUGAGUACCAGUUUGACUCCUAGGUGCUCCAAUUCUGAUCUAGCUCCCUCCUAAUAUGCCUGGGAAAGCAGAGGAUGGCCCAAGUGCUUGGGCCUAUGCACCCAAGUGGGAGACCUGGAAGAAGCGCCUAGCUCCUAGCUUUGGAUUGGCCCAGCUUCAGCCAUUGCAACCAUUUGGGGAAUGAACCAGCAGAUGGAAGAUCUCUCUGUCUCUCCCUCUUUCUCUAGGUAACUCUGACUUUCAAAUAAAUAAAUAAAUAAAUCUUAAGAAAACUAUCAAAGACAGAAAAAGUGUUAAAGGCAAAAAUAGAAACAAAGAACAAGAGCAGUGAAUAGGGAAAAGCAAGUGCGUUAGACAUUAAUCUAACUACAUUAAGAUCGAUUCAAAUAUCACUAAAUAUAUCAAAAGUCUAUCAGAGUGCAUAAAGAUUUUAUUUUGUCCACAAUAUACUCACUUGAAAUAAAACCACAUAGAUGAAAAGUAACAGAAUAGAGACUAACACUAAUCAAAAGAAAGCUGUAGUUUCUAUAUUAGUUUCAGACAAAAUGAUCUCCAAAGCAAGAAAAAUUCUUAAAGAUGAAUGUCACGUAAUGGUAAGGAGUUCAGUUUUUCCAAGAAGCCUUAACAGCCCUUAAAGCAUGUACAACUCACAAGAGACAUCAAGUAUUAACUCAUGGAACUGUGAGAAGAAAUAGAUACAUCCAAUAUUACAGCUGCAGUGUUGAUUCUUCUGAGAUUGGUUAGAUCCAGAUGGCAAAAAUCAAUGAAUACAAAGUUCAACUGAACAGCACAAACAAGAGUCUAAUUUGACAUUUAUAGAGUACUUGACCCAACAAAAAGAGAAUACACUUUCUCCUCUAGCUUUAAUGGAACAUUCACCAUAUGGACCACAUGCAAGGCCAUAGGCCAUAACUUAACUAGUUAGAAAGGAUACAAAUCCUGUAGUGUCUGCUGUAAGACCACAAUGGAAUUAAACUUGAAAUCAGUAGCAGAUGGAUAGCUGGAAUAUUACCAAAUACUUAGAGAUUAAACAAUACACUUUUUAAAAAAUACUUAUUUAUUUUAAAGUCAGAGUUACACAGAGAGAGGAGAGGCAGAGAGAGAGAGAGAGAGAGAGAGAGAGAGAGAAAGAGAGAUCUUCCAUCCGCUGGUUCACUCUCCUAUUGGCCACAACGGCCAGGGCUGCACUGAUCCAAAGCCAGGAGCCAGGAGCUUCUUCUGGGUCUCCCACCCGGGUGCAGAGGCCCAAGGACUUGGUCCAUCUUCCACUGCUUUCCCAGGCCAUAGCAAAGAGCUGGAUUAGAAGUGGAGCAGUGGGGUCUCAAACCGGUGCCCAUAUGGGAUGCUGGCACUUCAGGUUGGGGCAUUAACCUGCUGUACCACAGCGCUGGUCCCAACAAUACACUUUUAGAUAACACAGGAAUCAAAGAAGAAAUAUCAACAAGCUUAACUUUUAAGUUAAAUAAAACAAAAGCUUUUUGAAAUUUAAUACUUUAGCC